CGGUUAGCACGGUCACUUCUAGGCAGACGUUCGAGUAGAUCACUUCGGGGACUCAGGGUUGGAUUUGGUUGGCAGUGCGAAUAGUUGCGUUUAGUGAUCGUGUGGCUACGAGUGGCGUGACUGGAUGUGAUUUUGUGACAUUGGGAUAAUUGAACCGACAUUUGAAAGCUAAUUUGUGUGGAUAGAAUUUUAAGCAGUGUUGUGAUUGUGUGAAGUGAUCGAGUGAGCGUGCGAGCCAGCUAUUAAAAAGUGCUCCAAAAGAGAGAGAACUGCACACGGUGAACAGGAAAACUCGUCCAAGAUCUUCUUACGGGAAAGUGCUAAGCUAGAAGUGUGAAAAAAAGCCCCAUUCCUCAACUCUGUGGAAUCAAAUGUUGAAGAUGAUGUCAGGAGCCGUGCACGCCGAACGCGUCAUCCGCGCGCCGCCACAGAGCAGCACGAUUUCGAAGCCGCGAGCCGUCUACAGUAUCGAUCAGAUACUGGGCAAUCAUCACCAUACGCGAAGGACUAACGGGAGCAGCAACAUCACCACCACCACCACCGCCAACAACAACAACAACAACAGUCUUACGAUUAACAACAACAAUAAUAAUAACCUCGAUCAGGAAAAUUCGCUCAAGCGCGAAGGAUCCCCGGUGGAGGUGCACGAUAAUGGCGUCGAUGUGGACAACGACGAUGAGCUGCCGAUCAUGGGUGACAUCGAUCCGAUGGAUAACGAUCCGAACGAUAUGGGCCGGCCGAGAAAAAUUCGAAGAUCUCGGACAACGUUUACCACCUACCAGCUACAUCAGCUGGAACGGGCGUUCGAGAAGACGCAGUAUCCGGAUGUGUUCACCCGCGAAGAGCUGGCGAUGCGGUUAGACCUCAGUGAAGCUCGCGUACAGGUUUGGUUCCAGAAUCGUCGUGCAAAGUGGCGCAAACGAGAGAAAGCCAUGGGACGGGACACAUCUGCCUUCCUCCAUCACGAACAAGGAAUGCCUGAGUUUCCACUGGCACUACCGCUAACGCACAACAUACCCCAUCCAGCGCUUCCGACCGAGUUUUGGCCACCGAACUUUGGCCUACAUCCUUCGCUGCUUCCGGGCACGCACGGGCUACUGCACCCGAACGUGAUGCCCAACUACAAGAUCCCCAACUUCCACGCGAUUCUCUCCCAGUACAUGGGGCUUAACAAUCUGUUCGGUGGCUAUCCGCAGAAUCUCAGCAUCAACACACGCAUCAGCCCACAGAACAGCCCCAAGGAGAGUCCCACCAGCGUGCCAAUACCGGGGACCGGGGUCGGGCUCAACAAUACGAGCAACAGCAGUACGAACAGUGGCAUGCUCAGCAGUAGCAGCAGCAGCAGCAGCAGCAGUAGUAGCAACUCCAACAUAAGCGUCGGAAGCAACAGCAAUACCAGCAAAGAGUGUAUCGUUGAGAAGUAAGCGCGACAGGUGGGCGGCAGAUAAGACCGCAAUGAUGCAAUAUGUAAGAGGACGCGACUAGCAUUAGUUGGAAUAAACAUUUCCUUACACAGGCACUGGAAGGUGUUGUAUAUAGAGCCAGAGCUGCUGAGGCCCAUGUGUGCCGUACCACAAUUCGUAUACGUGAUUUAAGUUAGCAAGUUUUGUUUGUUUUAUCGUAUUCGUUUCGUUUGAUAGCAUAUUCGCUCGAGCAGGACCCAAGAUCGAAGAGCACGAUCGUAGUAUACAGUAUUAGGGCUAAUCGGCGAUCGUGACUGUAUUCCGGCUAACCAGAUGUGUACAUAUAUUAUUUAAACGCACAGAAACGCAAGAAGAUA